AUCGAUAAUCACAGUCAAUUUGUCUAUCAAAUACUACUUUACAAAUUUUGUAAAACAAUUCACAACACACUUUUCAAAAUGAAAUUCGUUAUUGUAUUAGUUGCCCUCGUUGCUUGCGCUCUUGCCAAACCAGUCGAAGACAAAAAUGUGGAAGUUGUACGAUACGACAAUGACAAUAUUGGAGUUGGUGGAUACGAUGUGAAUGUUGAAUUAUCUGAUGGACAAGCUCGCUCAGAACACGCUGAAGUAGUUAAUGCUGGUACUGACGAACAAUUCUUACGUGUUACUGGUCAAUUCAAAUACUUCUUCGAUGGUGUUGAAUACUUAGUCAAAUACUACGCUGAUGACACUGGUUUCCACGCUGAAGGUGCUCAUUUACCAAAAGAACAAUAAAUUAGACCAAUUGCCUUUCCCAACUGA